GAGCCUCUUUCGGGACUUGGCUGCAAGAUGACCAAAAAAAGGAGAAAUAACGGUCGUGCCAAAAAGGGCCGCGGCCAUGUGCAGCCAAUUCGCUGCACUAACUGCGCCCGCUGUGUGCCCAAGGACAAGGCCAUUAAGAAGUUCGUCAUUCGGAACAUCGUAGAGGCGGCUGCCGUCAGGGAUAUAUCCGAAGCAAGUGUCUUCAAUGCCUAUGUGCUCCCCAAACUCUAUGUCAAGCUGCAUUACUGUGUGAGCUGUGCUAUUCAUAGCAAGGUAGUCAGGAAUCGAUCCCGGGAAGCUCGGAAGGACCGAACACCCCCACCACGAUUUAGACCUGCUGGUGCUGCACCACGACCUGCACCAAAACCCAUGUGAAGUGGCUUCAUAAAGACAGAAGAAAACA